AGAGAGAGAGAGAGAGAGAGAGAGAGGGAGAGAGAGAGAGAGGGAGGGAGAGGGAGGAUGGUGGUAGGAUUUAGACCCGGCAGCGUCUUUUCUCGUCCAACACAACAAGCUUAUUACCUUUCUCUCCACGCGCUUGGAAACGGAUUUACGCACCAAAAGGAGGAGUUUGGAGGACUACUAGGAUGCUGAGUAUCUUUCGUCCUCGCCAGUGCUCUCCACAUUGCUCUCCAUGACCUGAGAGCAGCAACGAAGAGGGAGGAACGAAACACCAGAGACAGAUAGAAAGAGGAGGGCAGAAGGCCAGGGAAGGAAGGCAGGAAGGAAGGAAGGACUUUCUUUUGUUGUUAUAGUUUGUUUUCCCUUUCUGAGAUGGCGGCGACGGAGGCCAGUGCGGCGCCGGUGGUCCAGGAAGACGGAAAAACCCCCGAGAGCAAGCCGGCCGAGGCCGAGCAGCCGGCGAAUAACGCAAACUCAGAGACUGUCAACAGCGAGGUCGUCGAUAAAGAUGGCACAGCUGUCAACAGCGAGGUUGUCGAUAACAAAGAGACUGUGAACAACGACACAGCGGCCGAAACCGAAGAGGGAGGAGAAGCAGCAGCGGCGGCAGGUGGUGGCGAGGAGGCGGCACCUCCUCAGAGCUCGGAAAACGCCUCCUCGGCCGAGCACAAGACCUCGUUCCUGGACUCCUUCCUCAACAAGAGCGGCCUGGGGAAGGUGAUGGGAGGACGGAAGAAGAAGGAGCAGAGCGCGGCCGCCGGAGGAGGAGGAGAAGAGGGCGCAGCUGAAGGAGGGGAGAAAGAGGGAGAAAAAGGAGGCGAGGAAGUGGCGGCGGCGGCGGCGGAGGGGGGAGCAGAAGGAGGUGCAGAAGGAGAGCCGGCGGCGGCAGAGAAAGCUGCAGAAAAUGCAGAGAAGGAGGAGGAGAAGAAAGCGGAGAAGGGAAAACCGGCGGAGGCCAAGUCCACAGUUCGGGAUCUGAUCAGGAAGCCGGUGGCGAGGAUCUUCUCCCACCGCAGCACCGAGAAGAAGGACGGAGCCACCGCCGAGCCCCUGAAACAAACCAAGGUCCGGUCCAAGUCCCUGGACCGGCUGGAAGAUCCCGAAGCACUUAACGCCGCCGACACCUCCACCGUAGAGGAGGGAGCAGCUGCAGAGGAAGCAGAGGAGGAGCAGAAGGCCUCCUCGUCCUCCUCGGCGACGACUAAGCACAUGAAGCGCUGGCACUCCUUCAAGAAACUCAUGGCUCAGAAGGCACACAAGAAGAGCGGAGGAGGAGGAGGAGCAGGAGCAGGAGAGGAUGGGAAGGAGGAAGGAGCAGAAGGAGGAGAAGAAGGCGGUAGAGACUCCUCCACGCUGGACUCCAAGGAGUCGGGGCAGAAGAGGUGGAAGCUGAAACGCUCCUGGACCUUCCAGGGCCUGAAGAGGGACACGUCCAUGGUCGGCAUCAGCGGCAAAACCAAGAGCUCCGACAAAGACUCUGCCGACAACGCCAAGCCAGAGGAGGCAGCAGAGGGAGCAGGAGGAGGAGAGGAGGCCAAGGCGGAGGGAGGAGGAGAGGAGGCCAAGACGGAGGGAGGGGAGGAGAAGGAGAAAGUAGAAGGAGGCGAGGAGGAGAAGGAGGAGAAGGAGGAGAAAGAGGAGAAGGCGGCGGCAGCAGCGGCAGGAGGUGGAACGGUGACGCAACAUGCCAACGAGAUCUGGACCUCCUUCAAGAAGCGCGUCAUCCCCAAGAGCAAACGUGCAAACACAGAGUGCGCCCCCAGCGGGGAGGAGGACGCAACUGCAGCGGCCGCCUCAGGUGAAGAAGGAGCAGCGGACGAGGGCAAAGACGGCAAAUCAGCCAAGGCCAAGCGCUCGCAUUUCGGCCGCGCUGUUUCCCUGAAGAACUUCAUCAUGCGAAAGGGCAAGUCCAGCAGCGUGGACAUGGGCGAGGGAGCCAAGGAGGAGGAGGAGGGCGCACAGGCCGGAGAAGCAGCGGAGGAAGGAGGCGCCGACGGCGAGGCCGCCGCCACCGAGGAGGCCAACGACAAAGAUGCAGCAGAAGCUGAGAAGACGCCGGCGGUGGAGAGCGGAGGGGAGGCCGCGAAGGAGGAGGCGAAGGAGGAGGUGGUGGCGAAGGAGGCGGAGAAGGCGCCGAGCGAAACCCCGGUGACCAACGGGGAGAACGGCUGCACCAACGGCACGUCGGAGGAGAACGCCACACACAAUCACCAGGAGGACGAGGAGGAGGAGAAGAAGACGACGGGGAGCAGCCCCGUGAAGAAGAGCAAGGAGGCGGGAGGAGUGAAAGACGAGGCCAACGCCAAGAUCAUCAACGCUACGGCGGCGGUGAACAGCGACAAAAAGGCGGGAAACGUGUGAGGCCACACAAAGAGGAUUAGAACUGCCCGGGAUUCGCUGAGCAAGGAGCUCUUGAGCCCUACCCCAACCCCCAGCUCCUCCUCCUCCUCCUCCUCCUUCCCCCCUCUUCCCUCCAUCCCUCCUCCUCCUCCUCCUCCUCCUUCCUCCCGAGUAGGCGGAGUAAUCACGUGUUAACAGAUCGCCACGGUGACAACGAGAGAGAAUGAGAGAGAUGCAAUUCAUGUAGAUGAGAAGAAUAAUAAUUACUCAGAAAGCAAUAAUUCAAGCCCUUCUUUUUCACCCCCCAUCCAUCCAUCCAUCCAUCCAUCCAUCCAUCCAUCCAUCCAUCCAUCCAUCCCUACCGUCCAGUACAAACCAACAUGUACAUUCAGUGUUUUUUAUCUUUUCUUUGCUUGUCUGUGAGAUUUUAUAUUGUCUACGAGAGAAAAGAAAAAUGCAGAAGUGUAAAAAUAAAAAAAUAAAAAAAAUUAAAAUCGAGACAUUCCACCCCCCCCCUCUCCGUGCCCCAUCCCUUUGACCUCCAUGCCCCCCCCACCCCUCUCUUUAAGCCCCUCUUCGUGGAGCUACUUUAAACUCUGCUCUCUGUCGACUCCUGAUUGGUUGGAAUUUAAAGGACAAAACAACAAAAAAAAAAGAGAAAAAACAGACUGUUAGUUUUAUAUUGACGGCCAUUUUGGUUUGUAGUCCCUCUUCCUUUGCCCCUCCCCCUCUCACCCACACUCCUUUCCCACUUCCCUGUUUUAACCCCCCCUCCAAGUAGUAUUUGACAGUACAGCAGGACCAUGUUGCUACAGUAUAAACUGCCCUGAGGACUGCCCCCCCACCCCCCCCACCCACCCCACGUACCCCCGACCCCAAAAAACCAACACUGCAAUGUCUUCAGCUCUGUGUUUAAUGUUUUUAGACUGUUAUAUUGUGUACAUGAAUUUAAAAAAAUAAAAAAAAGAAAGAAAAAACACCAUCGAAUAUUGAAGUCUGAUGUUUUUUUUUUGGUUUAUUUCCUGAUUUUCUUCAUUUUUUUUUAAUAAAAACACAUCUUCUCACUGUUUGAGCAGUCUGACAAUAUGCUGUAAUUAAAAAAAAGAUAAUAAUAAUAAUGAUAAUAAUAAUGAUAAUAAUAACGAUGAUGAUGAUGAUGAUGUUUUUGUUGGUCCAAGUUUUUCCACAUGUCCGCUAGCAAAUUGUCAAGAAAAAAAAAUAGAACAAUAAAGACUAAAAUCUAACAACUAAAA